CAUUAAUUUUCUUUACACUCGCAUGAUUUUUUUCUCUUAAGUUUUUUUUGCAUCGCGAUCACUAUAAAUCAACACUUUGUACUUCGUUCUUCAACAAUAGUUCAACUUAUUACUUGCACAUUAAGAAUCAUUACGACUCAAAAUAUGUCCAAAACUAAAGUAUAUAUUUACUUAACAUACCGAAAAAUGAUGAAAAGACUAUUAUUACCUUUAGGCUUAUGGCCGAAAGAAAAUCCAACGGCAUUUUAUCGUCUAUUGUCGUACUUACAAGUACCACUAAACUUUGGAAUGUCAUUGGCAAUUUCCAAUUUCGUACGCCUACACGCGGAUAGCAUUAAAUUUUUAACAAAAAGUUUUGGUGUUAUGACGACAUAUUUAUCGUCAACUCUUAAGAUAACAUGCUUUUUAAUAAAUCAUAAAGAGGCGUUAUAUCUUCAUGAAACCUUAGAUUCACAUUUUGAUAAACUAACUCAAGAUGUUAAAAUGAAGAAAAUUAUUUUCAAAAAAUUUACAUUAUUAAUUUCUAUAACAUGGAUAUUUUUUUUCACUGUUUUUAUAACGUUAUCAGUAAUGGUCAUGACACCGUUGAUAGAUAUUGUGAUACAGCACAAUGAAAAUCAUGAAAAUAUGAAAUAUUCAUUGGUAUAUCCUAGUGAAUUUCCUUGGCAAAUAUCAUCUAACGGAUGGUCAUAUAAAAUAACAUUUAUUUUUGAAUCACUGGCUACUAUUUCUUUAUUUUGUAUCACAAUGAGAGUCGACUCACUAUUUUUGUUUUACAUUUUCCAAAUAAUUGCACAACUAAGGGAAAUGUCAUACCGUAUUACGAACACGAAUGAUGACAAAGAAUUAAAUUUUGUUCUACGUAAAACAAUAUUUCAAUACCAGACGUUAACCAAGUGUCGUGAAAUAAUUGAAAAAAUAUACGGACCCAUUAUUUUAUGCAUUAUGUCUACUAAUGCAGUUAUAAUGUGUGUUUUUAUUUAUCAAUUGAUGGAGAUGAAGAAUUUGUCGAUUAUUAGACUGAUAAUCAUAUUUACGUAUAUUUUGACAAAAGUACUACAGACAUUCAUUUACGCUUGGAGUGGGACAUGUUUAACUGCGGAGAGUGAAGAGUACAGAAAAGCUGUAUAUAAUAUAAACUGGUAUGGAAACAAACGCAUUAUGAAUUCGGUUAUAAUAAUGCUUGCGCAAAAACCUAUGGUUGUGACUGCUUGCAGUUUUUCACCUGUCACCGUUAAUAUUUUUACUAUGGUUCUAAAAACGACUGCAUCAUAUUAUUUUCUCUUACAAACGAUUGAAGAGAAGUGAUAUUUGUUUAUUAAUUUACAUAGAUAUCUAUUUAAUUAAUUUAAAUUGUGAUAACUAUAUUUCUUACUAAAAUAUGAUAAA